AUGUGCUUUUCACAUACUUUUGUGUAUUCUAAGGGAAUUUUAUUUUUCCCAAAUGAGACUUCUGUUGUUCUUCAAUGUUCGGUACAAACAGACAUUUUUCUUUCUAUUAGUGAGACUCUCAAGACUCUUGACGUUGUUUUAAAUAACUCAAAUUUGAUUUUCACAAACACAGAAAUUCAGUACAAUCAUGUAUAUACCAAGUCAUACUCUUUCACUCAUAGUACACCCGACUCUAUACUCGAAGUCUCCACACAAGACUUUAUCGGUUCAAUUUCUCGCAUCAAAAGUCACAUAAAGUCCGACAAAUUGUGUUUUGGUGUGUACAUUGAAAAUUGUGAGAAGUGCCAAUUCUUCUCUUCUUCGUGCUCGAAGUGUAAAGAAGGAUAUGGUGUUGCUCAAUGUUCGACUGGUUCUCAAUGUUUGCCACAAGACCAAGAGGGGUGUGUAUUUACGUGCCGCCCAUACAAUUACUUAACAAAAGAGAAUCAGUGUUGCCCAACACAUUGCUCUGAACAACAAUGUUCAACUACAACAUCUGGCACGUGUACUAAAUGUGAAGAUGGAUAUACCCUUUUAAAUUCUCUCUGUCAGAAAUGCACUGAUCUUCACUGUCAAACGUGUGACCCAAGUCACUUGGAGAUCUGUCAAAAAUGUGAGUCUGGAUAUUACUUAGACAAUUUCAUGUGUUACAAAUGCAGUGAAAAUUGUUUGAGUUGCACAACUUUAGACACUUGUGAAAUGUGCAAAGAAAAUCACAUCUUCAAUGCAGAAAAAUGUGUCUAUUGUGACCCCACGUGUGGAGGCAAUUGUGAUUUGACUACGAGUAAUUGCAAGUCGUGUUUGAGUGGAUAUGUGUUUACCACCCCACUGUCUGAAAAGUGUGAAAGUUGUUCUUCUUUUGACUCAAACUGUCUGACUUGUUCGCCCGACUUUUCAAGAAAUUGCUAUAUUUGUAAUUCUGGAUUUUACCCACUGAUUUCGGGGAAGUGCACGUCCUGUGACGUUUCAUGUAAUUCGGCAAAGUGUAGUCAAACCAAUGGAAUCUGUUCUGAAUGUGCAGCCUUGUACACCAAGAAAGAGUCAGAAAGUGUAUCUUGUGAACUUUGUAGUUCUUAUGAUCCAAACUGCCAAAGUUGUUCAAAAACAGCACGAAAGUGUGAGACGUGUAAUUUGGGGUAUUACCCAGCUACUACGUCACCUUUUAAAUGCAAGGAGUGUGAUAUAAGUUGUUCUAAAAAGUGUAGUACUACAACCGGAUAUUGCACUUCAUGUUCUGAUAAUUACGUUUUGAGACUUUCAGACUCUAUUACAUGUGAAUUGUGCUCGUCUUUUGAUACAAACUGUGACAGAUGUGCAACCGACUUUUCAAGAAAGUGCAUUUUAUGUAAAGAGGGGUACUAUAUUAACACUGCAACAAAUCGAUGUGUCCCGUGUGAAAGUAGUUGUUUAAAGUGUUCUAAAACGGAUGGUAUUUGCAUUACUUGUAAAUCGACGUAUGUUCCCUUUGAAAUGCCACAAAAGACGUGCCAGAGUUGCACUGACUUUGAUUCAAAGUGUUCGAAAUGUGCUGAUAAUUCGACUCGAAUAUGUACUGAGUGCAGCACUGGGUACUAUCCUUCUCCACCAACACACAAGUGUGUGACUUGUCACUCGACAUGUUCAACAGAUUGUGAUCCAAUGACUGGGAUAUGCAAGUCGUGUAAUAGUGGGUAUGUGUUUACAAAUCCAGCAUCACUUCAGUGUAUAGCUUGUCGGGAGUUUGAUGAUCAUUGUUCGACCUGUGGUACUAACGGUCAACGGAAGUGCAUUACAUGUAACACUGGGUAUUACCCUUUGUCUUCUGGUACAUGCAAAACAUGUGAAACAACUUGUAAAGCAAAUCAAUGUAGCAACACUACUGGAAAUUGUAAUAGUUGUAUUGAUGCAUAUGUUAUUACAUCACCAAUCAGUCCCAAUUGUGAAAGUUGUACAACGUAUGACAAAAACUGCUUGAUUUGUUCGACUACUUCACAAAGAAAAUGCAUUGAAUGUAACACAAAGUAUUACUUAAAUACCGCGAGUGACUAUAAGUGUCUUUCGUGCUCUUCUUCGUGUGGAAAUGGGUGCGAUAAAGUGACUGGAAUAUGUAAUGGAUGUGCUACAAAUUACGUGCCAAAAACAACAAUGGACAAAGAGUGUUUGUUAUGUAGUUCGUUUGAUAGUGCGUGUGUGACGUGCGUUUCCAAUGAAAGAAAGUGCUCGCAGUGCACAACAAAUUAUUAUCCAAGUCCAACUAAUUUUAUGUGUACAACAUGUGAUGCAACUUGUAACAAAAAUUGUAAUACGACAAAUGGAGACUGUAAAGGAUGUCUAGAAAAUUACGUCUUUUCUACAGAAGACACCAAAAAGUGUGUGAGCUGCACUUCUAUCGACUCGCAUUGUUCAAAGUGCUCAUCUACUUUUGAAAGGAAAUGCACGACAUGCAUGUCUGGGUAUUACCCGGACACUAAUGGGGUGUGUACACCUUGCGAUUCCACUUGUAAAACAUGUGACGCAACAAAUGGCGUUUGUAUUGCUUGUAAUGACGGGCGUGUCUUCACUUCUCCCAAGGGAAAAACAUGUGAAUUGUGUAACACAGUAAUUGCCAAUUGUGAGAGUUGUUCAGCUUCUUAUGAAAGGACGUGUAUUGCCUGUGUCACAGGGAAGUACCCCAGUAAUAACAUCUGCACCGAUUGCAACCCAACUUGCACUGGGAUGUGUCGUUCGAAUAAUGGAUUUUGUGACACGUGUAUUUCUGGGUAUGUCAUUACUUCUCCACUAUCAACCACAUGUGUAAAUUGUAGUGUUUUUGAUCCAUUGUGUGAUGAGUGCACUGGCGAUAGUACCAGAACAUGUAAAAGGUGCAAAGAGAACACAUACUUGACAUCUUCAAAAAAUUGUCGAAAUUGUGACACUUCAUGCAACAAUGUGUGUGACUCAACGACUGGCAAGUGUACUCAAUGUAAAUCAAAUUACGUCUAUUUGGAACCACUGGGUUUGACAUGCCAAGAAUGUUCUUCUUUUGAUUCAAAUUGUGAGACGUGUGCAACUGAUUUUUCCAGAGUGUGUAUUUCAUGUAAAGCGGGCAGUUACUUAGUAAACGGAAGAUGUCAAACGUGCGAUUCAACUUGCAACAAACAGUGUGAUAAAGUAACCGGUGCGUGUACUGGUUGUCUUUUUAAUUACAUUUACUCUUCAACUGAUCCCAAAAAGUGUGUUAUGUGUAAAGACUUAGAUGACAACUGUAACACCUGUGCUUCUAAUUUCUCACGAAAUUGCAUCUCUUGCACAAACAAGAAAUACGCCUUAAACGGCAAAUGUGUUAAUUGUGUAUUAAACGACACGUGUACCAACUGUGAUGGGUCAAAUGGAAAUUGCGUAACUUGUCAAGACAAUUACGUAGCAGUUGGUGGCGGGAGUAGUGCCUGUGAGAAGUGUUCCAGUUUUGACUCCAAUUGUGCUACAUGUGCUUCUGACACUUCACGAAAGUGUGUGAAAUGCAAUUCUGGGUAUUAUCCUAAGACAGUUGAUGACUACAAGUGUAAAGCAUGUGACACUACAUGUGGUGGUCGUUGUAACACUGAAAAUGGGUAUUGCACUGGAUGUAAAAAUAAUUACGUUUUAAUAAACCCCUCCAGUUAUACGUGUCAAAGUUGUACUUCGUUUGAUUCAAAUUGUUCUACUUGUUCUUUAGAUUACUCAAGAAAGUGUUUAAUAUGUAAAACAGGUUAUUAUCCAGGAAGUGAUGGUGUCUGUAAAUUGUGUGAUACAUCAUGUCAAGGCAAAUGCUCAACAACAACUGGUAUUUGCAGCAGUUGUAAUGCCGGGUUUGUUGUUACCAACCCAGUCAGUGCAAAAUGUAUAACUUGCACCACUUUUGAUUCAAAUUGCAUCACUUGUGCUUCUGAUUAUUCCCAAAAAUGUGUUAAAUGUAAUAUAAAUCAUUACCCGGAUUCUACGAAUGGAUAUAAAUGCAGAGAGUGUGAUUCAUCAUGUUCAGGACUGUGUAAUACAGAGAAUGGAAAGUGCUUUACGUGUCCUUCAAGUUAUACACCAACAAAUCCAGUGAGUUCAACAUGCACAUUGUGUUCGGAUUUUGACUCCAAUUGUCAGAAGUGUUCAACAAUUGAAAGAAAGUGUGUUGAAUGUAAACCAAACAUGUAUCCUUAUUCAACAACAAGUGAGAAGAAGUGCAUAUCAUGUGACAGUUCAUGUAAUGGACAAUGUAAUGUAACAACUGGAGAGUGUCUUGCAUGUACCUCCAAUUGCGUGUAUAACCCAACAAACACUUCCAAGUGUGUCUCAUGUGAUGUUUUGCAUUCAAAUUGUGUAAUUUGUUCGAGCACCUUUAAGAAUGAAAAAUGUAUUACAUGUAAAAACAAGUACUUCCUCGACCAGAACACGAACAAUUGUAAUUUGUGUAAUGUUAUCCCAAAUUGUGACACUUGCAGUACAACAGAAAAGAAGUGUAUUACAUGUGUCCACCCCUAUUAUUUAUCUGGAGGAGUUUGUAACACAUGUGCAGUUGGUGAAUUCAAAAAUACAGAAUCGUCGUGUGCGCAGUGUAUUGAUCGUAUUGAUAAUUGCAAGUACUGUAAUGCCACUUCUCUGAAUGUGGCGAAAUGUAUUGAAUGCUAUGCACCAUAUGUUCCAGACACGAAUGGUAGAUGUGUGCUCUGUGCAGAAGGUACUUAUUACAAUACAAAGAAAUGUGUGCCAAUUAACUCCAAUUGUGUGACUCAACUUAGUGAGGGUCGGUGUACUAAAUGUGUAGAAAUGGGAUAUAUCACAAAUGGAACGUGCGUGACUCCAACAACAUGUUCAUCGCCUAACACUAUAACAACAACGUCUUGUGAUUGCACUGAAAUGAUAGCAGUUGGUUCUCAGUGUCAACAACGCGUGGCUCAUUGCAAAUACGAGAAGGUAUUUUCUGAGCACUCUGAGUGUCUUUCCUGUGACGAUAAUUACAAUUUAAUAGAUGUGACUUGCCAAGUAGAGACCAAUGGAAGUCUUAUACAAAACACUGUUUACUUUGGCUGUCCAAAUGGACAAUUUUUAAGGAAUGAUAAUACAUGUCAAGAAUGUCGAAAUCUUGGGAGUGUAUGUACUUUAUAUAAUAAUGUGUAUUUCGACUAUCUUUGCAAAUCAACAAGUAUUAUCGACAUCGAAGAUUUUAAAUGUACAGAAGACGCAAAUUGUGCUCAAAUAGCAAAUAAUUUGUGUGUCAAAUGUUCACAACUUUCCACUGAAAUUAUCAAAGGAAAAUGCUCAACUUGUAAAGUCGAAAAAUGUGAGACGUGUAAUGGAGGGACGUGCCAAAAGUGUGUUGAUGGGUAUUUGGUGUACUCUCCAACACAAUGCGUUGCUGUUGAGAACGUCAAUUGUCUUCGAGCCACUUCAGUUGGAUGUGUCCAAUGCGCUGAUGGAUUUUAUCAAACGGAUUCUGUUAAUAUAGAAGGAAAAUAUGACUACUGCCACUCUAUUAAUGCUGAAGAGAAGUGCAAACACAAAGAUGUGAAACAUGACAAGUGUAUUGAGUGCACUGAUUUGUACCAACUGAAAGACGGCGUUUGCAAAGAAAAAUUUGAUUCUAUUCUCGAGGAGAAUACAACAACUUUUGAUAUAACAGAAUCCAUUUUUAAUGCAGAGAAAAAUAAAAAUGAUACAUCAAAGGGUGAUGCAAAAACAGAAGAAAAUAACACUGAAAAUUGUUUAGAACGGACAAAUAAGGGGUGUUUCCGUUGUGCAGACACUUAUUAUAAUUCUGAUGGAAUUUGUCUCCCCUGUACCAAAAAUUGCAAGAGUUGUUACAACGCCACGUAUUGCACUAAAUGUCCCGAGCAAUAUUAUUUGAACUUAAACAUGGAAUGUCAAAGCUCAGGUCAACUUGCAAUAACAUGUAGUUUAACACUUCCGAAUGGAGCUGGGUGUGCUAUAUGUAAUGACGGUUACUACAAAGUGUCCAAAGACUGUUUAGAGUGUGAUGGAUCGUGUAAGACGUGUUUAAUAAGUGAUGAGUGCUCGAGUUGUAAAGACGACUAUUUUGCUCUUCCUGAAGAGUCCAAAUUGUGUUUUCCAAAGAGUAAUUUAACUCAUUGUGAAGAAGUCACUGGAACUGGUUGUAACAAUUGUUCUGUUGGGUAUUAUUUAGAGAAAAGACGAUGUCACAAGUGCAUGGAACAUUGUGAAAAAUGCACAAGUCUUAAUACGUGUAACAUGUGUACAUCUAAAGACUAUGUAUUGGUGGAUUCUGUGUGUAAAUUGUAUUCAACAAUCGAAUUCUGUGUCUCAGCAGAAAACUCGAAGUGUACUUUAUGUGAAGGAUAUCACGAACCUUCGGAAGACGGUGAAUCAUGUGUCAAAGCAGUGAAUUAUGGAGUUGUUGUAGGUAUUCCAAUUACUAUAGUUAUUCUAUUACUUAUAAUAGCGUUAGUGGUAGUUCUGAUAACACUACAAGUAAUUAACAAACACAAGGAGAACAAGAAGACAAGAAACAUCUGCACCUUUGUGAUGGCGCGCUCGAACAUUUCGAUGACAAAAUUGAACGACAAUUUGGUCGCAAACAAAUUAAAAAUAAAAUUUGAUUUAGACGGGGAGGAUCUCAUUCCAGUUGACAAAGACACAAGAGACUUGAUUUGUAUUGGCAACACGUCCAGCCACAAAAUCAAGUUACAAUUUUCAGUGGUAGAAGGGUGCGACUAUUAUGAGAUCCGAACGAUCCCAGCCUUAGUAACACUGAAGAAAGGGGAAGCGUGUGAGUUUGAGCUUUACAUCAAGCCGCUGUGUUGUUGUGAAAUUAAAGAAGACAUUAUGGUGAUCGCACUCGACAUCCAAAGCGGUAUUCAAACGACGCAGAAAAUAACAGUCGAAACAAUAACUGAAAAUUCAACAAAACUGAAUUACAGAGAACUCGAAGAAACUAAGAAACUUGGGGAAGGUUCUUUUGGGAUUGUCUACAAAGGAAAGUACCGAGGAAACGAUGUUGCUAUUAAGAAGAUGAAACAAACGAAUGGCUCAGAAAUCAAGAAUGAGAACAUCACGGAGUUUGAGAAUGAAAUUAAGAUGAUGGACAAGUUUCGAAGUGAGUUUAUUAUUCACUUCUAUGGCGCCGUCUUUGUACCAAACAAGAUCUGUAUGGUCACUGAAUUCGCUCAAUUUGGAAGUUUAAACGACUUAAUGAAACACAAAAAUAAAAACGACGUGCCGCUUCAUUUGCGAGUGAAAAUUUGCUUAGACGCGGCUCGAGGAAUUAGUUAUUUACACAACAACGACAUUUUACACAGAGACAUUAAGCCAGACAAUUUCUUGAUUGUGUCGUUAGACCAGAAUGUUAAAGUGAAUGGCAAAUUGACUGAUUUUGGGUCAUCAAGAAAUGUCAAUAUGAUGAUGACUAACAUGACAUUCACUAAAGGUGUUGGUACUCCAACAUAUAUGGCGCCUGAGGUUUUGAAGAAAGAGAAGUACAAGAAACCAGCUGAUGUCUAUUCCUUUGGAAUCACUAUGUUCGAGUGCUUCAAGUGGGGCGACUCGUAUCCAAAGAGUGAAUUCAAAUUCCCUUGGAAGAUCGCCGAGUUUGUGACGAAUGGUAAUAGACUUAAAAAACCUUUAGAUAUGCCGGAACAUCUUUUUAAUAUCGUAGAAGAUUGUUGGAAGGAGAAAAUUAGGGAGAGGUGUACGAUAGAUAAAACUGUAGAAAUGCUCCAAACCUAUUUUAAUUAA